GCCGCAAACAUGGAGCAGCUGAAGAUCACAAUCCCUCGAGGGAGCGAUGGCUUCGGCUUCACGAUCUGCUGCGACUCCCCGGUCCGCGUGCAGGCGGUGGACUCUGGUGGCCCAGCAGAGAAGGCCGGUCUGCAGCAGCUGGACACAGUGCUGCAGCUGAACGAGCGCCCUGUUGAACACUGGAAGUGUGUGGAGCUGGCACACGAAAUCCGGAACUGUCCCACUGAGAUCAUCCUCCUGGUGUGGAGGCUCGUCCCACAGGUCAGGUCAUCAGGACACGAAGGCAUGAUCCGGAGAUCGUCCUGCAAGUCUGCCUAUGACCUCCAGUCACCACCCAACAAGCGGGAGAAGAACGGCGCCGUGCCCCCGCGGCCGGAGCAGCGCCGCAGCUGCCACGUCCUCUAUGACAGGAGCGACGGGCUCGUGCUGAAUGGCUGGGAGAGGUACACGGAGAUCGGCAAGCUGGGCCAGAACACCAUGCCACCCCUGUCACGGGUACCCUCUACUGGGGACAAGAACUACAUCAUCUUAGCGCCUUUGAACCCGGGCAGCCAGCUGCUGAGGCCUGUCUAUCAAGACGACAACGCUACUGUGGGAAAUGCAUGCAAGGGGAAAUCACACGUGGGGUCUGGGAGAAAAUCCAGGCUGAUGAAGACUGUUCAGACGAUGAAGAGCUACGGGAACUACCAGAACUGCACCAUCGUGCGGCCGCACGUGCCGCACUCCUACGGCACAUACGUGACGCUGGCUCCCAAGGUGCUGGUGUUCCCCAUCUUCGUGCAGCCCCUCGAUCUUUGCAACCCAGCCCGGACUCUGCUGCUGUCAGAGGAGCUGCUCCUUCAUGAGAGCAGAAACAAGACCAUACAGGUGACUCUCUUUGUCUACUCCGACUUGCUGCUCUUCACGAAGGAGGAUGAGCCGGGCCGCUGCAAUGUGCUGAGGAACCCUCUCUACCUGCAGAGCGUCAAGCUCCAGGAGGGUUCAGAAGAUCUGAAAUUUUGCAUCCUUUACCUUGCAGAGAAGUCGGAGUGCUUAUUAAGUUUGGAGGCUUACUCCCAGGAGCAGAAGAAGAGGAUCUGCUGGUGUCUGGCUGAGAACAUCACGAAGCAGCAGCAUCCGGCGCCGGCUCCGAGGCAGAACAAGCAGAUGCUGGAGACGGACGCUGAGAAGGCAGGGCCGAUGCACGCCGGGGAGGGGAAGGCUGCAGCAGGAGACGCUCCCCCGGCCACAGAGGCUGCAGCUGGGUCCGAGCCCAAGGCGGCUCUGGGGCCUGCGCAGGGGCCUCUCCCCACUGAGAAUCUGCCCCCGGCCGCCGAGAGGGCCGAGGGGCGGCCCAGCUCCACGCCAGCUUUCGUCAUCCCCGAGCUGCGGCUCGACAGCACCUUCAGCCAGAGCGCGGCGGCCCCACGAGGCGGCCUCACAGAUGGCGAGGAUGACGAUGAGGAGGAUGAUGAUGAGGAGGAGGAUGAGGACAGCGACGAGCCCUACCUGGAGCGGAACGAGGCAAAGCGCAGCAGCAUGAUCGAGACGUCGGGCUGCCAGGCCGCGUACACACUGAGCGUGCAGAGCUCCCUGCGGCGCCGCACGCACAGCGAGGGCAGCCUGCUGCAGGAGGCCAAGGGCCACUGCUUCACCUCCGACACCACCCUCAACUGCUCGGACAGCCAGGCCGCCAAGGGCCACUGGGCCCUGCCCUCGCCCCGGACCCUUAAGAAGGAACUCGCCAAGAACGGCGGCUCCAUCCACCAGCUCAGCCUGCUGUUUUCGGCGCACAGGAAGCUGAGUGGAGCGGACGCCGAGUGCAGCUGCGAUGAAGGGGACGAGACCCUCCGCAAGAAGAGGAGCAAAAGUCUAGCCAAGGACAUGAAGAACCGCCUGGGGAUUUUCCGGCGGCGGAAUGAGUCUCCGGGAGGCCACCCCAGCGGGAAGCUGGACAAAGUGCUCAAGUCGCUCAAGCCGACGCCAGAGGAAGCUCUCAAAUGGGGGGAGUCUCUGGAGAAACUGCUGCUUCACAAGUAUGGGCUAGCAGCCUUCAGGGCCUUCCUGCGCACCGAGUUCAGCGAGGAGAACCUGGAGUUCUGGCUGGCGUGCGAAGAGUACAAAAAGAUCAAAUCGCAGUCCAAGAUGGUGUCCAAAGCCAAGAAGAUCUUUGCGGAGUACAUUGCCAUCCAGUCCUGCAAGGAGGUGAACCUGGACUCCUACACCCGGGAGCACACCAAGGAAAACCUGCAGAACAUCACCCGCAGCUGCUUCGACCUCGCUCAGAAGAGGAUUUAUGGGCUCAUGGAGAAGGACUCCUACCCCCGCUUCCUCCGCUCUGACUUGUACUUAGACAUAAUUAACCAGAAGAAAGCCAGCUCCCCACUGUAGACCCAAGGACUCUCUCGGGGCAGUGGGAACUGUGUGUUUACAUGGAAUCGGGUGGUGUUGGCCUUCCUGGGAGAGGGCCGGAGCUUGCCUUCUUGCUGGUGUUCGUGCCCCAAGCCAUAUUCCUGCAGCAGCCGGGCAUGAGGCAGGCGAAGGCACCGAGCGUGAGGCCGAGGGGACCAACAAACCAAGCAGUCUGGUACUGCUCCAUCGCCCCCAUCUCACCAUCGCUGGUACGACGCCUUUGGGGUGGCUCUGGCAUGGAUUUUAGCCAGGAGGGAAGCUCCCACAAGACUACUGUGAAGCACACGCCUGGGCUGUGAGCGCUCCUGCACAGCGGCGAGGGAUCCUGACCUGGUGAGGAGGAGGAGGACUUCUGUGCAGGGCUGCAGCAAGGGGAAAACAGCUCCACCGUGAACAUCUUCCCCGGACACAGGGCUCGUGAACUGGACCAGUCCCACGUCCCCGAGGCUGCUGUGCUGCCCCGUGCCGGCCUGGCUCCCGCGCGCCCCGACGCAGCUAUCGCCUGGCAGGAGCCGGCGCCUCCUGCGCUCGCGGCCGCUCGCCCCGGGGAGCAGCGGGGCCCUGCGCUGCACGUCUGCAAUCCCAUCCCUCACCUCCUGGUUUAUUUAUUGACCUCCUUAUAGCUGGACACGUUGCUGUGUAAUAGGAAAUCCUCGUGUCCCUCCCUGGUCUGAAAUUACAAGUGCAAUAUUUGUGUGUGUCUCGGCGGAGUUCUCCAGCGGAACGGAUGCCUCCUCUUUUAAGAGUGCGUACAAAAUUUUCUAAGUUUGCAGGUUUUAUGUGACAAACGGCGUGUUCCCUAGCAGCGGGCCGCUGGGGGAGCCUGGUGUAUAUAUCGUUCCCCGACGACAGAGGUUGGACGGUGUAGAUCAGCAGCGCUGUGAAUCAGACGCUCUCGCUACUCUGGAUAACGAUGGUGUGUUUGGAGAAUCGCGGGUUAUUGCUGAACCUGGCCAAGCUGGACAGACUGCCUGCGUCCAGGUGCUGAGUUUACAGUGCAAAGCAUCUCUGCGGCUAGCAAAAAUACAUUGUCAUGGUCAUAGGUAAAUAAAAGGA